GGAAGGGGACCAGCGAUCCGGUGUGGGAUCCAAUAGCGGCUGAGAGACUUUCCUGGUGAUAGGAUCAUCAAGGGGUUUGGUUAGCUCUUUUACAUCUUCAAGAAGUGAUUGUUAGCGAUGGUACUUCAGCCGAGCUCCUCUGAGGCUCUAAGACUCUUUACAUGCUUUGGCCUGUUCCUUCUGUCAAACUCAUUCCAAGCAGUGAACAUCGCUGUACGUGACGUGAACUCGGAUAAGUCUAGUACGAAACUCUACAGCAGCCAGCAGGAUACAAGGAGAAUAUGUAAUGUUUUUGACUUUCGAAGAUUGGUUCCAUACCAAGAGGGUCUGCAACUGCAACAAAAUCUUCAACAAGAUUCGAUCAAAGCGCUUGUAGGAGGACAUCAGACAUCAGACGCUCUCAUCUUGUUGGAACAUCCAACUGUUUACACGCUGGGAUCGAGCUCAGUGCUGUCGGAUAUUCUAUUUGAGCUCCCUGACAUUGACAUAACGAAUGUGGGAGCCAAGGUAGUUGUUGAAGAUUAUCCCGAAAUGCCGCCAUUCUCCAUCUUCAGGGUUCAACGCGGGGGCAAAGUAACUUAUCAUUGCCCAGGACAGCUUGUGGUCUAUCCCAUUCUUGAUUUGAAUUAUCAUGGAAAAGACAUUGAGCGAUACCUGCGAAACUUGGAACAGCUGAUUAUCAACACUCUUGCAAGAUUUGGGGUGCGGGGGGCUCGAGAAGAAGGUUUGACUGGCGUAUGGAUAAGUGGAAAGAAGGUUGCGGCGAUCGGGAUAGGAGCUAGCAGGUGGAUUACCAUGCAUGGAAUUGCACUCAACAUCAAUGCACUGAUGAAAGGUUUUGAAAUGAUAGUUCCUUGUGGCAUUAAGGAUAGAGACGUUACAAGCUUGCACCAAAUUCUUGGGGAUUCAUGCCCCUCUGUUGAAGAAGUCAAGCUUUGUUUGAAAGAUGAAUUUGCAAAAAUUUUUGAGCUGCAGCUAUGCGAUGUAGAAUUUCCAAAUAAGAGUUCCUACUGAGGCUUUUCGUUGUUGCUGAGAUCACAUUUGACAUAUCUCGUUUUGUAUCAUUUCUGCAGUAACACAUAAACAACUGGGUGGCAACC